AAACAGUUAUUACAUGCAGAUAUGCGUGGUAGUAUAAGGAACAUAAGACAAUUUAUCAAAAUCAAUAAGAAGUUAAUAGUCUUCUGCCCAAUCAGAUUUUUUAGUGUGUGCACUUAUAUGUCUCCUCUUAUACAGGCACAAUUUGACACAUAUAUAGCCUAUGAAAUGACCACUGUAUAGGGAAUUAGGGAAAUAAGAAGAGGUCAGGCCGAAAGAGUUUUAGAUUGGUUAUUAUUGUUACCAUUAUUAUAAUACACCGCUAUAGCGGGUAUAUGCGCUUCUGUGUGUGAGUGUGUGCGUGCGCGCGCGUGUAGGGAUAGGCAAGAUAGCCCAGUUUUUACACAAGCACCAAUUGUCCACGUGCAUACCAGUGAAAAAGUCAAUAAAUUUUCCUUCUCCACAAUAUAGCCCCCACACAAAACAACAUUAUUAUUAAUAUUAUUAUUAUCAUUAUUGUUAUUAUUUUAUUAAGAUAAGGUUAACGAACACACAGAAAACACUAAAGUCUACAGAACACCUUUGAUCAGUGGAAAUUACUUUUAUUAAUUCAGUACAGUUUUCCUUUUCUUUUUGACAUUGACUUUCUACUGACAGAAGUAAUUGUAUACAACAGCCUCUUCGCCUAAGGAAACAUCGAACAUCCUUAUUUUGUUCCUUCAUUCAUAUACCAUCCAUAUUACAUAAUAAUACGAAAUCGUCAAUUAUUCAAUCGAUCUAUUGAGAAGAAGUAAAACGCCUCUCAAAAUUUAUUAACAUAAGGAUUCCUUCUACAUAACAAAACAAAAAAGAAAAGUAAACCAUGGACUAUCCAGAUGCAGAUGCCGGUUAUGUGGAUGAAGAUGAAGAGGAGAUCCCAAUGGCUGAACGUGAGUUGGCUGAAGACGCUGAAUGGAAGUUAAUACAAAAGAAUACAUUCACUCGAUGGGCUAAUGAACAUUUGAAGCCUAAAAAUGUUACUGUAGAAGAUUUACAAUUCGAUUUAGCUGAUGGUCUUCGAUUGAUUGCUUUAGUUGAAUCUCUGUCUGGACAACAAUUUAAACAUGUCAACAGGAAACCAAGUUUUCGUACACAAAAACUAGAAAAUGUUACUAUGGUUUUAAGAUUUUUAGAAGAAAAUGAAGGCUUGAGGCUGGUGAAUAUAGAUAGUUCAGAUAUUGUUGAUUGUCGGAGUAAAUUAAUCCUCGGUUUAAUUUGGACUCUCAUUCUGCAUUAUUCAAUUACAAUCCCACUUUGGGAAGGUGAACCCGACUAUGGGGCUCAAGGACCUACACCAAAACAACGUUUAAUGGCUUGGUUGAAUAAUAAGCUAGCUGAAAGACCAGUGAAAAAUUUCACAACUGAUUGGAAUGAUGGUAUUGCUAUCGGUGCAUUGGUUGAUGCAUGUGCACCUGGUUUAUGUCCUGAUUGGCGUGAAUGGGAACCGAAACAAAAUUUACGAAAUGCACGUGAAGCAAUGGGUGCAGCAGAACAAUGGUUAGAUGUACCACAACUUAUACGUCCAGAAGAGAUGAUUAAUCCAAGAGUGGAUGAAAAAGCUAUGAUGACGUAUUUGAGUCAGUUUCCUAGUGCAAAGCUAAAAGAUGGUGCACCACUUAGACCAAAAUCAAAUCCUGGUCUUGUUCGUGCUUAUGGUCCUGGUCUUGAACCGCACGGCAAUACAGUUGGUAAUCCAGCCCGAUUUACAAUUGAUACAUUCAGUGCUGGUCGAGGAGCUGUUGAAGUGAUUGUACUGAAUCCUAAAGGACAAAGAGAACCAUGUGAUGUCCUUAGUAAUAAUGAUAAACAACAAACUUAUUCAUGCGCCUAUGUACCAACACAAGAAGGUGAAUAUCGAGUGAUUAUUAAGUUUGCUACAAAAGAAAUCUUGAAUUCACCAUUUAAAGUGUUGGUGGAAGGUGCACAGGGGGAUGCAAGUAAAGCAACUGCUUCUGGUCCUGGAAUUGAACCAACCGGAAAUCAAGUUGGUCGACGUACAUUCUUCAAUAUAUUCACUGCAGCUGCUGGACCUGGAAAUGUAGAUUGUGUUAUUCUCGAUCCACUUGGUCGACGUGAUGCUAUUAAACCAUUGAUCACUCGUCAAGGUGAAGAUAAUUAUCUUGUUGAGUAUACACCAAAAGAUGAAGGUCUACAUUCAGUUAAUGUAUUCUUUGCUGGUCAACAAAUACCGAAUUCACCAUUCGGUGUAAUGGUUGGUCCACGACCACCUCCUCCAGUACAAUCUCCUGCUCCUAUAGUUAAUCAAGAAGCUCCUGUACAAGCAUCACAAGCACAGAGAAAAAUGUCUCUACCGAAGCGACCAGCUUGUGAUCCUAAACAAGCCUAUGCAACAGGUCGUGGAAUUCAACCUCAGGGUAUACGAGUUAAAGAUUUGGCCGACUUCAAAGUGCAUACAGAAGAUGCUGGAGAAGGUCCAUUGGAGGUGUCUGUCAUUGCACCAGAUGGUAGAGGUAUCCCAUGCACAAGUCGUAAAACUGGCGCUUAUCUAUUCGACUGCAGUUAUACACCACAACGACCAGGUACACAUCAGGUCAAUGUUCGUUAUGGGGGUGAUCAUAUUAUGCUUAGUCCGUUCACAGUAGAGGUAGCGCCUUACAAAGAAUCACGUAUUCGUGCAUUUGGACCAGGUCUUGUCGGUGGUGUUGUCAAUAAACCAGCUGUUUUUGUCGUUGAGACAAAUGGAGAAACUGGUGCUUUGGGCUUUUCUAUUGAAGGUCCAAGUGAAGCUAGAAUUGAUUGUACAGAUAAUGGUGAUGGAUCAGCUACUGUUGCAUAUUGGCCAACCGCUCCUGGUGAAUAUGCUGUGCAUAUUUUAUGCAAUGAUGAAAAUAUACCAAAAUCUCCUUUCAUGGUACCAAUUGAACCAGAUAUGGGUAAAUGUGAUCCAGAAAGAGUUAAAGCACAUGGACCAGGUAUAGCGCCAACAGGUAAUGUCGCUGGACAACCAACAGAAUUUAUUGUUGAUAUAAGAGAUGCUGGAGGUCCUGCACCAUUGACAGUUGAAUGUAGAGAUAAUGAAGGUGAACCAGUGGCAUUAAAAGUUCGUGACAACGGGGAUGGUACAUACACCUGUAGUUAUACACCAAAAGUGCCCAAGAAGCAUACAGUACUUGUUUCAUACGGUGGAGUUAAUAUACCUAGAAGUCCUUUCAGAGUUGAAGUCGCUGAACCUAGUAAUCCAGGAAAAGUACGCGUUUUCGGACCCGGCGUAGAAAGCGUUACCCGAGGUCAACCAACAUAUUUCACUGUUGAUUGUAAACAAGCUGGACAUGGUAAUGUUGGCAUUAGUGUAACCGAUGAAGCUGGUCGUGAUGUUGCUAUGGAUACACAAGAUAUGCGAGAUGGAACAUUUAAAGUAGCCUAUACAGCUAAUACACCUGGACCAUAUUACACUGUACAAGUCUUCUUUAAUAAUCAAGAAGUUCCACGUAGUCCAUUCAAGGUGCCUGUGAAACCAAAUAUAGAUAUGUCGAAAAUUCAUGUUGAAAACCUUGAACCAAGUGUUCUAAAAGAAUCAUUCGCCAAGUUUACAGUUGACGCUAAAGCUGUAGAUCCACAAGGCAGAGGUGUUGUCAAGGCUAUAGUUGUUAGUCCGAAUAAACAAAGAACAGCCUGUCUAAUACAAAAUAAUGGUGACGGGACAUACAAGUGUAGUUACUCACCUGUUGAUGAUGGUUUACAUCAUGUUGAGGUGACUUAUGAUGGUGCACCAGUUCCGGGUAGUGCUUUCCCUGUUAAUGUAGCACCUGGUUGUGAUCCAACCAGAGUUAGAGCCUAUGGACCUGGUUUAGAAGGUGGAUUCACACAUGAAAUGCAACGAUUCACAGUUGAUCUUGAUGGAGCUGGUCAAGGUGCACUCGGAUUGGCUUUAGAAGGUCCUGCUGAUGCACAAAUACAAUGUCAAGACAAUAAAGAUGGAACAUGCACCGUCGACUAUUUACCAACACGUGCAGGAAACUAUGAUGUCUUUGUUAAGUUUAAUGAUGUUAAUAUUCCAGGUAGUCCAUUCCAAGUACCUAUUCGUGAUGUUGUUGAUCCAACUCGUGUACGAUGUUAUGGUCCAGGCUUAGAGCCAAGAGGUGCACGAGCUCAACAACCAGCACACUUUACUGUAGAUGCUUCACAAGCUGGAGAUGCACCAAUACAAGUUGCAACAGUUGAUCGUCUGGGAAGAUCGAAUCCAGCUCAUAUCGUUCCACGACCAACUCAACCAGGUGUUUAUGAUGUCACCUAUGUACCGGAUACAGAUGGUCCAUGUCAAAUUGAAGUGAAACAAGGUGGUAAUCAUGUAGCACGUUCACCAUUUAUGCAACAUGUUCUACCAGCAUUUGAACCUCAACGAGUUCGUGUCACCGGUGAAGGUGUUCAUCCAACACGACCAUUAGGUCUACCAGCGACUCAGCCUACCUCUUUCCAAGUAGAUACAAGAGAUGCAGGACUUGGAGAUUUAGAAUUAUCAGUAAUGGACCCUGAUGGUCAACCAUUACAAUUAGAAGUUGUUGAUGUUGGCGAUGGAACAUACGUAUGUCAUUAUACACCAAUGAUUGUGGGACGACACACUGUACGCGUGAAAUAUGGUGGACAAGAAAUACCUGAAAGUCCAUUUUUAGUACCAGUUGCUCCAUCUGGACGAGCUAAUCUGUGUCGUAUAGAAAGUGGAAAUGAUAGCCGAGUACCAGUUGGUCAAGAAUGUGUUAUCUCUGUGAAUACAGCUCAAGCUGGUGUUGGCCAGUUGACUUGUCGUAUUGUUACACCGUCUGGUGCGACAGCUGAUGUUGAAAUUCAUGAAGCACCAAAUGGUCGUGUUAACAUUUAUUAUACACCACCGAUCCGAGGAGAUUAUUUAGUUGAAAUACGAUUUGGUGGAGAGCUGAUACCAAAUGGAAGAUUUAAUCAAAAAGCUGUUAGUCCAGAAGAGUUAGUCAAUGAUAUAAGCACUAUACAAGAACACAGAGUUCAACAUGUUAAUGUACAAUCUGUACAGUCGAUACAUUCAUCAACAAUUACAACAGGCUAUCAUCCAGUUGACUUUAAACUACCUGUUGGUCCAACAUUUAGUCAUGUCGAAGGUUUGGUUCGUACACCAAGUGGUCGAAUUCUCCAUCCAAAUUUAAUUGACAAUGGUGAUGGCACAGUGACAGCACAAUUCCAACCGAAUGAACCUGGAUUGCAUGAAUUAGAAAUCACCUACAAUGGUCAACCGAUACCAGGUAGUCCAUUUAGAUUUUACGUCGAAGCUGUUGGCUCUGGUGUUGUAACAGCCUAUGGACCUGGAUUGUCAUAUGGACGAGCUGGUGAACCAGCUAACUUCACCUUGAUAACACGAGAUGCUGGUGCAGGUGGACUAUCACUUUCUGUGGAAGGACCAUCGAAAGCAGAUAUUCAAUGUGAUGACAAUAAAAAUGGUACUUGUAAUGUAAGUUAUUUACCUCUAGUCCCGGGAGAAUAUACAAUAUCGAUUAAAUUUAUGGAGAAUCAUAUACCUGGUUCCCCGUUCACUGCACAUAUAGCAGGUGAAUCUCGUCGAUUCAAUCAAGUUUGUGUUGGUACAACAAGUGAAAUGCCAUUACGUAUCACAGAAACAGAUAUUUAUAAUUUAGUCGCAACAGUUCGUAGUCCAUCUGGUCUAGAACAACCAUCUACACUGAAGAGAUUGCCGAAUGGACAUUUAGGCAUUUCAUUUACUCCACAUGAAAUUGGUGAACAUUUUGUCAAUGUAUUUCGUAAUGGCAGACAUAUUGCUAAUAGUCCAUUUAAAAUUUAUGUUGGUGAAAGUGAAAUUGGCAACGCAUCAAAAGUUCGAAUCUAUGGUACUGGUCUACGUGAAGGUAUGGCGAAUCAAAAUUGUCAAUUCACUGUAGAUACAAGAAAUGCUGGUUAUGGCGGUUUAAAUCUAUCAAUUGAAGGUCCUAGUAAAGCAGAUAUCGAAUGUCAUGAUAAUCAAGAUGGCACAUGUCUUGUCACUUAUCGGCCAACAGAACCUGGAACAUAUAUUAUCAAUGUUAAAUAUGCUGAUCAACCAGUACCAGGAAGUCCUUUUGUUGUGCAUAUCGGUGGAGAACCUUCGCUUAGAAUGAUGGAAAGAAUUACUCGACAACGGGAACUUGCUGAUGCCACCUAUGUUGGUAGUCAGUGUGAAUUGAAUUUAAAAAUUCCAGGAAUAAAUAUUCGUGAUUUAACAGCGAAUGUCACCAGUCCAUCAGGAGUCACUCAAAGAUGUGAUGUAUUAGCUACAGACGAUGUGAACUAUACCAUCAAAUUUGUACCUCAAGAAAUGGGUGUACACACUGUUUCAGUACGUCAUCGUGGAUCACACAUUUCUGGAAGUCCAUUCCAAUUUACUGUUGGUCCUAUCACAGAAGGUGGAGCACAUAAAGUACACGCUGCUGGUCCAGGAUUACAACAUGGUUUAACUUAUUCACCAAAUGAUUUUAGUAUUUAUACUAGAGAAGCAGGUGCAGGCGGUUUGUCAAUUGCUAUAGAAGGACCAAGUAAAGCGGAAAUAGAUUUUGAGGAUCGAAAAGAUGGUUCAUGUGGUGUCUCAUAUCGUGUAACUGAACCGGGCGAGUAUUUAUGCUCUAUUCGUUUUAAUGAUGACCAUAUACCGAAUUCACCGUAUCGUGUUAUUAUAAAUGAAGCAAUGGAGAGAACAUUCUAUACACCUGAUACUAAAUUGCUGAGUUUUGCUACUGUUCAAGAUCGUGGUCUUCAGAUCGGACGUCCAACAGCAUUCACAAUCAACUAUUCAGGAAUGGGAGGUAGAAUGAGAGCCUAUGUUGUCGCACCAUCUGGUUUACAAACAGAUGCAUUUGUUCACCAAGUUGAUGUUGAUCAACACGCUGUACGCUUUACACCUCAAGAGACUGGUGCACACUUAGUUCAUGUGCUGAUGGAUGAACGUCCAAUACCUGGCAGCCCGUUCCGUGUUCUAGUAGGACAAGAUGAAACAGGUCCAGUGACAGCUAGUGGUGAAGGUUUAAGCUAUGGGCGAGUUGGCGAACGUAAUCGAUUCUUUGUGAAUACAGCACAUGCUGGUAGUGGUGCAUUAUCAGUUACUGUUGAUGGGCCAAGUAAAGUUCAGUUGAAUUGUACCGAACGUCCUGAUGGUUAUGAUUUCACUUAUAUGCCAUUAUCACCUGGUGAAUAUAUGAUUAGUAUUAAAUAUGGUGAUGCUCAGCAUAUUAUUGGUUCACCAUUUAAAGCAAUUGUUACUGGUGAUGCAGUACAUGAUACUUUCACUGCUGAUACAACACAUGUUGUUGUAGAAACCGGUGGACGUCUUGUCAAUGGACCACAUUCUAAUAUUGGCCCAUCAAGACCUGAUCGUGUUACAUGCUCUGGACCAGGUUUACAACAGGCGUAUUUAAAUGAAGUUAACACAUUUACAGUGAAUGCAACACAAGCAGGUCAUGAUGUUCUCUACGUUGGUGUUUCUGGACCAGUUGCUGCCUGUGAAGAAGUGAAUAUAAAACACUUGGGACAUGGUCAAUAUGCGAUUAAUUAUACUGUACGUGAUCGUGGUCGUCAUCAAAUUAUGAUUAAAUGGGGUGAUCAACAUGUCCCUGGAAGUCCAUUCACUGUGAAUGUUAUUUAAAAAACAAAAAAAAAAUAUACAUACACAUCAACAGUCUACUUACUAUUGAUAUAUAGUAGUAAUAGUCGAAUACUUGAAAAAACAACAACAUGUUGAGUGGUGAAGUAAACCAUUAGACAUAACCAUGACUGUCUGUUUCACACAAAAACACACACGCGAACAUUGUUAUGCUUCACGAGUGAGCACUACCACUACUACUACUAUUAUUAAUAUAAACAGUAUAUGAAAAACACGUUAAAUUAAUUAAUUUCCUUAGAUAUUUUCUCAGUAAUGUAAUAAUUAUUGAUGGUAUAUUCUAAUACUACUGAUGCUAUGAUUAUUAUUAUUACUGCCAUCGGAGAAGGUUUCAAUACCUGAGCAGUCCAAAUGAAUGACUUUGAGUCGAAAUUUAUCAGGUGCUUUGCUUAUCCUCGUAAUAUAUUUUAACUUUAGGCUUUUCUAGAGUUCUUUCUGCAAAGUGAGUUCUCUUUCUUUCUCUCUCUCUUUCGGAAUCUUGCUUAAUCAUUAUAUAUUUAUUGAAUUAUACUACUUAAAUCUACUUUUUAAGCGACACGAAGUAUUCAGUUACCCGUUAAUGAGCAUAUGAAUAUUCCUGCUUUUAUUAUUAUUAUUUCGAUUUUCGUCAAUAUUUUUAGUUUCAAUUACUAUGAAUAUAUAUAUAUAUAUAUAUAUAUAUAUAUAUUCACCAUGCAUGAUUUAUGUUCUUUCCAAAAUUCAAACACUUGAGCCGCUUUUAUAUUGAAUAAUAUUGUACUUCUCUUGGAAUAAGUAUGAUUUAACAAAGAAUUACCAUUUUUGUUUCUCUCUCAACUAGUUUUUCUUUGGCCUAUAUAUAUUUGUCUGUUAACUGCUAAAACGAAUCAUCUUUAGUCGACUCCUGACCCCAUCCAACCAUUCACUCCACACCGCCAAUAACCUGAGUAAAUACUCACGAAUACGCUUUUUGUUUCUUUCUAAAGAGCUGAGCGCAUUUUAUUCACGCUAAAUUGUGCUUGUUGCUAUUGUUGUCGUUAUUGUCAACUCAUCUUUCUUCGUCACCUGCUCCUAAUCUCCCUAAUCUCUACCCCCCAGCACCCUCAUGUUCGCUAAUAAUUCUUUUUUUCUUGUUUUUUAUCUGCCUACUCCUUAAUGUUUUGUUUCCAGCCUACCUUUACAUCAAAACCCUCAUUCUCAUUUAUUAGUUGUUUAAUCGCUUUGGUUGAUUUUAUCGCCGCAUAUAUGUGUAUGUGUGUGCUAAAACAACAGAAACCCCAUAAUUAUGAAUGGAAUUUUAAUUGAUUUCUGAAUACAAUAUAUAUAAUUUUAAUUACC